AUGCGUGCUCACGAUGCUAUGCAGAGCGAGGAAGCCAAUGAUGCUGCUUGGGAGGCUGCAAGAGGAGGUGUUGCUGGUGCAGUCAAGUGGGGAAUAGGUGCCGCAGUGUUGGGUGCUGCCGGGUAUUUACAAAUGUGCGGCAUGGUGCCUGGGGCCAUGAUCGAGGCAGACUCACGGCUCAGAGCUUACGAGCACCGAGUGAGAAUGCAGCGGCGGUUGAUGGGAGACAGGGCUAAAUGGGAACGGUAUGAGGAGGAAUUUAUCAAAGGUGAUGGCAAGUGA